UAACUCUGAUAUUUACUUUAUUCAAACUCAGCAUGGGUAAGUAUUUCUAUCUUAUUUCUUUCUCGCUUUGUAAAAACUUAGCUGAAAUAGGCGCCUUUUGUAUAUGUUAAAGCGAAUUCCACUGCCUCAGCAUCGGUGUCAAACGCUCUGGAGCUGUACUUGGUGAAGUGGUCAUGGAAGGUAACGUGGUGGUGUUUGAUCGAGCCAAUCAGAGAAUAGGAUUUGCACCCAGUAACAUUUCACAUGCAGAGGCUGGGCCUUGUGGUAAGAGACGUGUUGUAAUUGCUGCGGAGCGACCGAAGGGAGCGAGCAGCAACAUAAUCAGGAUUUAAAGGAAAUAUAUAAGGGGCGACGAAUUCUCGAAUUCAUCACUUUUUACCACAAUGCAUUGCAUUUAACCACACUUUUUACCACAAUGCAUUGCAUUUAACCAGAGUGCAUUGCGCCACGAACAACUCAAAUAAAAACACGGGGAAGUUCGGUGGGUGAGAGAGUGCAUCGUUCGCUGCUCAGACUUAGAGUUUUCUUUGUGGCAAAUUUUCUACAGCACGGUUAGAGGUCUUACCAAAUUUUAAGACACGCAGGAGUCUUUCAGAUGAGUACGAUGGUUAACUUGGGGAUUGGAUUUCAAUUCAAGAGCCUUUUUUGACUCAAGAGCCUUUUUUGCUCUUCGACUCCGCAACACGGGGGAUAUACAAAUUCCAGCUUGCUAGAAGGUGAUGUGAAAGUGAGAAAAUGUCAUGCAAUGCUAUUCUUAAGAAACUGUAUGAGCCGAAAAUGGAUGUGAUUUUGACCAUUCGCUUCAAAAUAACAGCGGAAAUCGAGAUAACAAAACAUAUGUUUUGUGUCCUACUUUGCAGACGAGGACGUGUAUCGGCGUUUUGAAAAGCAUAAUUAUGUUCUUUCAUUCAUUUAUUGCCAUGGAAUAUGCGUUUACAUUGUUUUUUUCACUGUUAAUAGCUCGGUUAUUAUUAUAUGCGGCUGGCGAUCAUCUUGCCGGCGGAAGUUUCAUGGAAAAGGAAUAAAAUGAAAGACUUUUCCUAUAGAUUAUGUAAUAAGUCUCUGUGGUGUAGUGGUUGAGUGGCGUCGCGUCGAGUCGAUGGGGCCGGGUUCGAAUCCUACUGAGUUAUUUAUUCCUUCUUUCUUUUUUUUCCCCGUUUUUUGUGUUGUUGUUUUCUAUAAAUAUAUAGCUAAAUAAUUGUUACUUAAUAAAGUGCAACAAACAGCAAGAAAAGUAUUGUGUUUGCGGAGAAAAUAUCGUGCACCGUAUAUUAAAUAUAUGGAUAAACGAUCUGAAUUUCUAUUAUUUCCUACAAGUUACUGUGGGAAAACCAGAGUUGAUAACCACUUGAUCAUUUUUUAAACAACGUUCCCACGAGUUCUUUCUAUAGACUGAUAGUAAUUAUUCUAGUACUUUCCAACAUGUAAAUAGGACAUUCAAUGUCAUUUUUGAUUCUUUUAAGUCUCACUGCCUAACUAAUGCCAGUAUCAACAGAAUGUGCCGCAGCAUUACUAUCUUUUAGAUACCCUAGUUAUAUUUUAUUCCUUGGUGUUUCCGGCGGUAAACACAUAUCUUUGAUUCCUGUUUGUUUCUGGUUUUAGUCUUUCUCAUGUACGAACUUUAUUAUUUUGUUCUAGGAAAUCCCAUUCGUGUCAAUAACACUGUGAAAGGUACGUCUCGUGGUAAUAAGUCGCCGGCAACUGACCCGACCAUCCCCGGCCUAUAAAGUGCUAUAAAACUGAUGAUAGAAACAUCUAUAUUUGUAUUGUAUUUCACAACACUGUAGCCUCCCUUGAGCUUGUUAAUCAAGGGACUAAGGCGUUGAUCGAGGACCCUGGAAGGUGAAAACCAUUCCUUAUCUGUUAUAUGUAUUGAUCGAUAGGCACUUUAGGGUCAGAGGCACGUUGGAUGUUUCACAUUUCUCUUUGGGUCCUUCAUCAAAUUAAGGAAAGAGUGUGCUUCGCCUGUUUUUGUGUCGAGGUUCACCUCGAGUACUGUGAUUAGAGAUCCUGUUUGACUGUACCAUUUCUUAGCUAAACGCUCAUAAUAUAAAGUAGCAGUGCAGGCGUAUUAACAUUUCCGGUGGGCGAAAUCCUUUUUAUGUUCAUAUUGUUGUCGCCGCCAUCUUUGAUUUUGUGACAGAGGAAGAUUGGGGGAGUAGAAAUAGCACCCCUUAGGGUAGGUGCGAGGGCGAAAGAAGGAGAGGGGGGAGGGGGUUAGGGUUAGGGUUAACAUUCGCGCGCCCGAAGAAAACGCCUGCACUGCAGGCUAAAUAUAAAGGUCCAUCUCAUCUCCAUGUAAGCGACAGACGAAGUAACUCGAAACGAAAGACAAAACUCAAAGCUUUUUUUAAACUUUACUUUCUCUUUUUUCUUGUUAGGUCGUCUUCAUAAAUACUGUCGCGCUGACGAAAUGCCGCAAGAGACGUGUUUCAUGGAAUGCAACUCCUGCGUCAAAAAUGGAGGCAUCUGGUGUCCAAAGGGUCACGUGGUUGUCUGGAUCAAUGGUGUCAGGUUAACAAAUUUUGCUUUAAAUCUGCCACCUUUUACAAAUGAUGUGGAACCUUUGUCGUUAGAAAUAAAGUCCAGAAAGAAAAAGAACCUCAAAUGUAUGCUAUGUUCAAAUGAAUAUUAAAAUAAUUAUUGUAGCCAUUAUCAAUACCUUAUUAGCCAUCCAUGAACGAAAAUUCCAUGAAAUAAAAGUGAAAAUCCUUUCACGUCAUUGCAGGUCAGCCUUAAGUACAAAGAGAGGCUUCUGCUGGCCAGGUAAAUACUUAAUAUAAGCGUUACUUAAGCCUAGCGUUCCUUAUCUCGGUGCGCGGUCUUGUAACCAUCUUUGUCUUUCAAAUGUCAUUCACCAGCCACUGAUCUCUCAUUGACUCCUGAAAUUAAAUUCUAGGGGGACUGUUCACUUUAGAUGCUACGAAAGUUCAGACGUUUCUUACCGGUCAUGGAAGUGCUGAAUUUCAAGCACAUUGUGAUUCGCUUGUGCCGAUGUACAAACAGUGUUCAGGUAUAUAGAGACUAAAAGCCCCUGUUCAAUUGUUCCAAGGUGUAAGACUCUUUAUGUGGUAUCACGUCACCUCCGCUUUUACAUGUGGCAAUGAAUGGCUGAAAAAAGAUCUCCCUCUCACAUUCCCGUGCAAGUUGAACUUUUAAUGUCCCCUUGAAUGAGUUUUUUGAAUUAUUCUCUCCUCGUACAAGUCACGCUAAGCUCUUUCCAGGUAUACUUACACUUAAACAAUGUAUCCAACGAUGCCAUUCAACUUUCUCUCCCUUCAGGAGACCUAUUAAGUUAGGUUAGCACACAGAUUCUGUCAAUAUAUAAAUGUACUUUUGUUGUUUAUUUCAGUGGAGGGUAUUUGGAUCCUGCUUUUGGGUGGCUUCGUGUUCUUUAUUCUCUGUUCGUCGUUUCUAUACUUCACCUGCCGAGCAGGCACGAAAAUUCAGCCGGCUGACAAACGACGAAGUCCGAGUAUUUCCGAUAAAUCUCUAACUUCGCAAGAUGGCUUCCUUUCCAGCAGAUAA